UAUCAUUCAAAGUCCAAUUCAAUCUAUCUUAUUGGUGGCUGUAACAUAUCGAGACAAUCUGUAGAGACUGUAGAACGUUAUGAUAUAGAGAAUGAUCAAUUUCACACUCUUGCACCACUACCUGUGCCAUCCUAUUCCUCUGGUAUCUGUUUAGAUGAAGAUAAUGGUCAAAUUUAUAUUUUUGGUGGCUUUAAUUCAGAAACCAAUCAGUGUUUAUCCAUUGUUCAGCGUUACAAUAUCAACUCUAAUCAAUGGGAAGUCCUUUCAAACCAAUCUUCUCUUUUACCUAAACCAAUGACAAUGUCUGGUAACUCUACAAUUUUCGACUAUAACAAUGACUCUGUAUUAUUAUUGGGUGGUAAUAAUCCUCUAACUAAAGAAUCUAUUGACCAAAUAUUUUUAUUUAAUUUAAAAACUUUAACAUGGAAUUUAAAUCAUAAAAUACCAACCUAUUUAAAUCAA